AUGGCUACUAAUCCAGGAAACGAUAUCAAAGGCCGGCUUGUCUUGAUCACGGGAGCUUCGGGCGGGCAACUAAUGUUAUGUAUGAAUGACAGCAUUGGCUCAGCGUGCGCAAGACAGUUUGCAGAGCUCGGAUGUGAUCUCGCCCUGACAUACUCCUCCAACCGCGCUUCAUUGGAAGCUUUGGUCAAGGACUUGCAGCCGAUUGUCAAUGGGCACAGUGGUAGCCACAAGAGCACUCUUCGCAUUUCCAUGCACAAAGCCGACUUGUCUUCGCCUGAAGAGACGACGCAGCUAUGUGAGGAAGUCCAGAAAGACCAUGGUCGAGCUGUUGAUAUUCUCGUCUCUAACGCUGGUUAUGGCAAGAGAAUAAAAGACGUUUCGGACAUUCCGCUGAGCGAGUUUGAGAUUACUCUGAACGUGAAUUUGAGAGCUCCCUUCCUACUCGUCAAAGGAGUCGUAGAUGGUAUGAAAGCACAGAAGUGGGGCAGGAUCAUUUUUGUGUCCUCCAUCGCAGCGUACGGAGGUGGCAUGAACGGAUGCCAUUAUGCGGCUUCCAAAGGUGGCCUGAUGGGAAUGAUGAAGAAUCUCUCCACCAAUUUAGCACCUUGGAAUAUCUCUGUCAACGAUGUAGCACCGGCUAUGGUCGGGAAUACUGGUCUGUUGCCGUCUGGCGACCAAUUUCCUGGGCUGGUCGAUAGCAUACCGUUGCACCGACUUUGCGAGCCUGAAGAGGUUGCGAAUGCCGUCACCUUCUACGCUCGCACAGGUUUCACCACUGGGCAGAGUGUGAUAAUCGCUGGAGGUCUGAAGUGA